AUGGAUGUCGUUCUCGACCUCUACGAAACAUAUAUAGGCGACCAUGUCUAUGCUAGGCUGCUUCCAGCGCAUCCUCCGCCGUACGAUGCUGAUUUAUUCGCCAACACGACCAUAUUUCCGUUUGGAUUAGAAUGCGAAUAUAAACCGCCGACCAAGUACUUCACUGUGCGACCCUCGCCAGCUGUUUGCCAGAGCGCCUGGGCGAGAGACAAUAUUCUCAGACAGUCCAUCGACCUCUUUCUAUUGCUGUGGAUCUUUGGCAUGGCGGUUUACUUUUUAUUCUCCACGCUCUCGUACGUCUUCAUCUUCGAUAAGCAGCAGCAAGAGCACCCGCGCUAUCUCAAAAACCAAGUCAGGCUAGAGAUCCAAGAAACACUAUGGGCACUUCCCGGCAUGUCUCUCCUCACGCUUCCUCUUGUUCUUGCCGAAGUCCGCGGGCACACCAAAAUGUACGAUACCGUGGCGGAAGGGCCCGGCCUCUGGUACGAGGUCCUCCAGUUCCCGCUGUUUCUGCUGUUUACCGAUUUCUGCAUCUACUGGAUUCACCGGGGCCUGCACCAUCCGCUGAUAUACAAGAACAUCCACAAGAAGCACCACAAGUGGGUGGUGCCGACUCCCUUUGCGGCGUAUGCCUUUCAUCCCGCGGACGGCUGGGGCCAGUCUCUCCCUUAUCACGUAUUCACCUUCAUCUUCCCCAUGAACAAGUUUUCCUUCCUGGUGCUCUUUGUCUUUGUCGUCUUUUGGACGAUACUCAUCCAUGAUGGUGAAUACCUGGCGGACAACCCCGUCAUCAACGGCGCCGCCUGCCACACGAUUCACCACUUGUACUUCAACUACAAUUACGGUCAGUACACGACGCUGUGGGAUCGAAUCGGAGGCAGCCACCGCGUCCCGGACAGGGAAAUGUUUGACAGGGCCAAGAAAAACGGCAAGACGGAGUGGGAGAGACAGAACAAGGGGGUGGAGGACAUGAUUCUCGAGGUGGAGGGACAAGACGACCGGGUGUACUCGCCAGAGGAGCUCAAGAAGAACAAGUGA